AUGACACCAAAAGGAGAUACUUCACUUUCUGGUCCAACUACUUCAACAGGAAAGACGGGCAUGAACAGAAAUGCAAAACGAAACCGCCUGUCAUCAAUUGACUUAACAACUAUUGUUUCUGAUAAAAUGAACAUAUUUAGAGAUUCGAACAUGAGCAUUAAAACACUGAACGACGAUGACUUCGAUACUAAAGUCCGAUGCAUGAAAUUAGUUCAACAUCCCAAUGUGGUGCGACUAUAUGAAGUAAUUGACACGCAGACUAAAUUAUACUUGAUAUUAGAGUUAGGGGAUGGAGGUGAUUUAUAUGACUAUAUAAUGAGACACGACUCUGGUCUCUCAGAAUCUCUUGCUCGUGAUUAUUUUCGCCAAAUCGUACGCGCAAUCUCUUAUUGCCAUAGGUUACAUGUUGUCCAUCGUGACUUAAAACCAGAAAAUGUAGUAUUUUUUGAAAAGUUAGGCGUAGUAAAAUUGACUGAUUUUGGUUUUAGUAACAAAUACUGUCCUGGGCAGAAAUUAGAGACUUCAUGUGGAUCUUUAGCUUACUCAGCUCCUGAGAUUUUAUUAGGUGACUCUUAUGAUGCUCCCGCUGUCGAUGUUUGGUCCCUAGGUGUGAUCCUGUACAUGUUGGUAUGUGGACAGGCACCAUUCCAGGAAGCAAAUGACAGUGAAACGCUUACAAUGAUUAUGGAUUGUAAAUACACUAUACCACCGCAUAUAUCAAGUUCUUGUAAAAGGUUAAUAGGAAGAAUGCUAGUCAGGGAACCAGAAAAGCGAGCCACCUUAUCAGAGAUUGCAACAGAUCCUUGGGUCACUGCUGGUGAAGGCAUAGCUGUAGAAGAUUUCGAUGCUCCACUAGUAACAAAAGAACAGCUAUCAGAGGAGGAUCGAUCAGCCAUAUUGCAAAGGAUGGUAAAUGGUUCCAUUGCCACAAAGGAACAUAUUUUGGAAUCAUUAGAAAAAAAUGAAUAUAAUCACAUAACUGCUACAUACUACCUCCUGGCAGAAAGAAAAUUGCGGUUGAAGCGGCAAGCGGCCCGUGCAGUGCGAAGGCCUGAAGCAUUGGGUGUCCCUUUGGGCGCUUCGCGAGGUCGAGCGCUUUUGGCGCCGCCGCCCCUUCCUGCAGCGCCGCGCACCCCGCAAGAUGUACCACCGCGUUCCCGUAAGUGCAGCAUUGUUCGAGAGGAAGAAGACGACGAGGACACGAGUGUAGCCAGCAGCGGCUCGGCACGGGCGGCCGACGCAAGGCGAGGCUCGCGAUCAGAGGGCCGCCUUCACCUAGCGCGACCGGCACAACUCGCCGAUAACCUCACUAAGGUGAACUUGGACGACGGCGUGACGGAGACGCGACGCGCGAGCGUUACGCCGGGCGCUGGAACGCCGACGCCGCCGCGCGCCCCGCCGCCCGCGCCGCCGCCCGCGCGCCGCCAGCGCAUCGACUGCCGGCGUCGACGCCCGCGCGCUGGUUCCUGCUCCUCCUCUGACCUGUCCGAUGAUGACUCGGAGAAGAAGAAACGCGCCGCCGAGCAAAGUGACGCGCCGUACGAACGCGCGCGCCGCGACUCGCACGACGACUCCAGCGACAGUCAGGAGCGAGGCGGCGCGGCGGGCGGACGUGGCGGCCGACAAGCACCGCGCGCGACGCACACCACGACCGCGGGGCCCGGCGACUCUGGCGGUACGAACGGCAGUACAGGGUCCGCCGGCGACGCUCGAGGCGGCUCCGCCGGUGGUCGACGACGACGUGCGGCGCGCAAGGAGAGCCGUUUACGUGAGUCGCGUUCUCUAAACCGCAUCGCUGAGGUCGAAGAAGCGACGACCGCUCGUUGGGCCGCCGGUGGUUUGGUCGCAUUUUGCGGCCGCCCGCUGUUGCGACUGUGGGCGGCAGCACGGCCGGCGCCUUCCGCCCGUCGCCUGCAUGGCCUCUGCUAA